CUGAUGGCGGUUGCCCAGGCGAGGUGGGCGGACAAGGCGGCUGGGGAAGGAGCGAAGAGUGCGCCGGAGGGCAGGCGCAGGCAACGCUCGACUGCCACCUCUCACCACGCAUCUUCCCCGACUCUCCAUCACACCUGCCCUGCCCGGGGACGACUGGUCGACUGCGAGAAUGAAUUGGACCGGCGGCAGUCUGCAACGCUCCAAGCAGGCAAACAAAGGCGUCGUCCAGAAGCAGAAAGCUCACUUCGCCCGGGCCCGUACUCAGCUGCAAAAUGCUCCCAACGCGCCCGCCGCCUCGUUCCGCCCGGGCUUUUUCCAGGACGAAGAUGCCAGCGUGGGUGGCCGGUUACCGCCGCCGAGUUCCAGGUCUGUUCGUCACACCGGCCACAGCAAGACGCUCAGAGACAGACGCAGCAGAGCAAAGUCGCCACUCAUUCGUGAUGAACCCGGAGCUGAGACGGGCACCCUUGCUGAGGAAAGCUCGCGAAAGAGACGUCUUGAUGCGACCACAACCACUCAGCCCGCGAUAAGCAGCGGGCCGAAAAGGGAAAAGGACGCGACCGACGCUGACGCUGAGGAGGGACUCCUAGAGGCCAGAAGAAGAAGAUUGCUGCAGCAAGGGGAUUGGGCAGGCUUAACACGCCCAAAGCCCGUCUCGAUGCACUUUCAAUCAAGCGAAGAAAAGGAUAAGAUAGGGAAACGCAGAAAGAUCAAGGACCAUCGCGCGGCAACGACGCUGCAGAGCACCCGCCACAGGCUCGUGCCGCGCCUGGCACGGGAUGAAGGCAGCAAUCAUCCCGGAUUGUACAUGCGCGGCGCGCUCCAAAAUGAGGAUAUCAGGAUCCGAAUCGGGACGGAUGCAUUGGCCAAUCUAACGCCCACACAACGCCCCUCCGCGGGUUCCCGUUCGCUUGGGGUGGGAGUGUCCCGCGAUGAGUCUUCUGAUACUAUGCUCUUUGACAAUGAAGACUUGCAUACUGCCCAGGGACAGCGAGUGCAGCCAGCGCCGAGUGACGACCAAAAUCCAAGGGUGUUCGUGGGGGUGCACUCGCGAGCCCGCGCCGCCUUCCGACGUCUGCGGGGUGAACCAACAGUUCGCUCCAUUCCCCCCGACGGAGAGGGCGAAGUUGAACGCUGUUUGGGAGAGCGCAAUGAAGGAGAGGGAGCUGGACAUGACUGCACCCACUACAAGCCUUCCCAAGAGAAUACUUCCUUCGGGCAGAGCUCGCAAGAGAAUGACGCCAUUUCAGGCUGUUAUAUCACGCAGCGUAUUGGAGGCGUCAUUGGCCCUCUGCGACUUGUCUUCAACCACACCUCCGAGCCCCAGCCAGAGAUUGAGGACGCGCAGGCAUCGGAUGGUAACGCGACCGUUGAUACAAUUCGUGCCCAUGAUUCGGCUAAUGCACGGCCGCGUGGAAAGGGCAGUGGGAAGAAACACCCGGAUUUCAGUGGGGCUUUCGCGCACCCCUCUGGGAUCGUCGAUGAUGGGCCUUGGAGGUCCUUGCUUCCUAUUUCCGACAAUGGCUCAAGCCACUCAUCAGCAUUCGACCUGUCCUUGAUUGACAAAACGGAUACCCAUCAACACCGGAAGCCAUCUCGGGAUCGAGAUUCUGAGCCCACGCCCUGGUCACAACAUGCCACCCAAGGCGAACCAACAUGCAUUACUUCAUCUUCUUGCGUCUCCGCCUCUUUGCCUUCUAUUACACGGGAUAGCGAGACCUCUGCGACACGGACUCGCAUGCAUAAUGAGGGCAAGCGGGGUAGGAGUCUUGCAAAGAAGGACCAGGAUGAAAGCGAGAAACUGUGGCGGAGAAUGGUCUUCGGAAGCGACAAUGCUCCAGCAUCUGACACUACGCACGACGAGUACGGAGAGGAACAAGAGAGGAAAUCAGAGACAUUGAUUCCGUCCUCUAUUGCUGUCGCAUCGCUCAGCUCAACACCGUUCCAAUCGGUAUCUGGACUUACCUCACGCGCGAGCGAUAGCGUACGAGAUGCAGCAAGCCGCGCACUACUUCAAACGUCUCCAGGGUCCAUGCCACCGCUGAUUACAUCCCCCCUACCACGACGCAAUGCCGUCGGUCCUCUACAGGGAUCGAGGGAAGGUGAAGAGAGCAACAAAGCUCUGCAGACGGCUGAGUUCAGCGGUUUCGGAGAAAUGUCGGUGACUCAUACAUCUCUACUGAACAACGUGUCCUACGACGUUGAUGCUAGUCCUUCGCGGACUUCCGGUGACCUGAGGGCGUUCCACGAUGGCCUGGAGCGGCGAUAUGGCUGCAGAAACGAUCGUUUCGGGCGGGUUCAGGCGAGGAGCGAACAUCCGUCCAUAUACGAGAUCCCGGUGAGCAGCGAACACGGCUUGGAUUUGGUGGAUCCCGACAGGAUAUAGCGAGCAUGCUGCAUUUAAUUCGAGACGUGGUGUUACAUGGGACUCUCAAGAUUUUCGUUUGCCUCACUUUCAUGCCUAAGCAGCAUCUCGU